CUUUUCGAGUGUUACCGUGAAAUAGUCAACUUUCUGUUUUCUGCCUCCAUCUGAAAUAAUCAUAUCGGAAGUGCCCCCGGUUUUGACAAUGCCUCUUUCCACCGCAGAAGCAGACCUCAUUAAACAGGCAGAGUCAAUCAUCGACAACAUUCCAGUAUCCGACAUUCACAGCGUUGCCAGCGCUGCCAUUAGCAGUGACGGGAAAAGCUUCACAGGCGUCAAUGUCUACCACUUCACAGGCGGCCCGUGUGCGGAACUUGUCGUUCUAGGCAUUGCAGCAGCUGCCGGGGUAUCGAAACUGACCCAUAUAGUCGCCGUGGCCAACGAGAAACGCGGGAUUCUGAGUCCUUGUGGACGCUGCCGUCAAGUGCUUUAUGAUCUACAACCAGACAUCAAAGUCAUCGUGGCGGAAUCCGAUGGAGGAGGGCCGAGGGCUGUGCCGAUCACGGAUCUGCUUCCUUAUGCAUAUUCUAACGACGAAGCAUAAGGUGUCAAGAAUCAGCACAACGCGUCUUUAGAAUUGAGAUUAGAAAUGAUCAAUGAAAUAAGAGGAUGGUAUGGAUUCGGACGAUGUCGACAAAAUGCCAUCAUGACAGCAAACAUCUGUCGAUUCAGUUCGGCAAAAUGGUGUUUUUUUCUUCAUAGACCACAAGUAGUUAUUUGACAAUAAUGAGAAGACUUACAUAUGCUAUAUGUAUGUUACAGUCGUAGUCAUUCUAUUAAAUGCUGCUCGUUGGCAAAAAUUUCCAAUUCAUAACUUCUGUUUUCA